AUGAAAAUCUUUAUCCCAUCUCGAAACCUAACAAAAAAGAUGAAAAUCACAACUAUUUUCCUCGUUUUUAUUGCUCCCAUAAAAUCCCAAGACAGCCCAGAAGACUUUUUGGCAGCUCACAACGAAGCACGAGCUGACGUUGGGGUGGGUCCUUUAACGUGGGACGUUCGGGUGGCUCUUUAUGCCACUACCUAUGCGAACCACCGUAGAGGCGACUGCGCUUUGAAAAACUCGGAGGGGCCCAAUGGCGAGCCAGGGCCCUAUGGCGAGAACCUCGCUUGGAAUAGUGGUAGCAUGUCAGCCGCUGAAGCAGUUGAAGCGUGGGUUAACCAGAAAUCUGACUACGAUUAUAAUUCCAACACAUGUGCUGAUCCGUUAACAAAUUGCUUAAGCUAUACUCAGGUUGUUUGGAGAAACUCGGUUAAGUUGGGAUGUGCAAAAGUGAGCUGCAUCAAUGAUGGAGGAACCUAUAUUACUUGCAACUAUGAUCCUCCCGGUAACAUUGUUGGCCAGUGGCCUUACUAAAAGGAAAUAACCUAUGAUCCCCGAAUAUGUUUCGAAGUCUAUGUGUGUAUUGUUUGUUUCUAUGUUGUUUAUAUAUAAGCUAAUAAUGAUUGGUUUGUUUGG